AGGACCAACAUCAUCCACUCCAACUGUGCGUAAAGCCCUCGUGCGCAAAAGGACCUCUGUGGUGCAAUGAAGCAUCAAUAGAGAAGACUGCUUUCUGCUCACAACCAACUUCUAAAAUAUUACAGCAGCAGCAGCAGCGAGCUGUGCAGCACCUGCACACACAUAUUCAGUGUUAUCUUUAACAUUACGCACGGUUUGCGUCGAUGGAGCUCGUUAAACUUGUUCUAGUGAUUGCGCUGCUUCUGACGAACGUGUCCUGUCAAGACAAGGAUGUCAGGAACUGGAAAGAAGGAUUCGAGGAGGACAAAUGGUCAAACUCUGGAGGAAUUCAAGAUCUCUUAGGAAGAAUGACCAGAAAACUGGGACCUCGCCAACAUCUUGGACUAAUGGGGAAGAAAGAAUUUGCAAAAACACAGACAGCACGUAAAAGGCAUAAAUUUCAGACUUUUGUGGGUCUGAUGGGUAAAAGAGGAUAUGAGGAUGAAGGUAUGACACUUCCAGAGUGAUGUGAUGUAAGCUGGAGAGUGAUUCCCUUGAGAAUCUGCUUGGUGACAGAUGGUUUCAUCCCUGCAGGAGCCUUUUAAACUGCAUACAAGACUGAAGAUCAUCAUGUUUUGUUUUUUUACUUUGCUUCAUUGAGAACAUUGACAACACAAUACAUUUAAUAUAUUUGGAUUAUGAGUGUUGCCAUUGCUUUAUGAGGAAACAGCACCAUCUAGUGUUUGAUUUGUGUUGGUGGUGACAACUAGAGUUUGUGUAUUAUUCAUAUGCUGUAAAAAAAAAAAUAAGUGUCAUGUUGUAAAAAGGUUCACACAUUUUCAUAAUAAACCCUCUCACUCCUCGGUAUCAUCACAGGUUUAUUAAGUGACUUUGUACAAUACAAAUGAAAAAUAAAAUUAAAAAUACAGAGAUGGAGUACAUAGCCAAGCAAA